CCAGCUUCAAAACUCCUCUCCCUCGCUCUAGUUAAUAGAGUUAGGUGGAUACAAUGAUCUGCGCCAUUGCGAUAAGCAGGACUGACAAACUGCAGAGGGCCGUCGGGCGCACCUGCUUGCAUAGCGUGGUGUCCUGGCAGCACUCAUUCCGCAAGGCGGCCACUCAGAGAGAAAUUAUCAGCAGGGUGGCUGGAGAGAAAUCAUGCAAUUGGCGUCCCACCAAUAGUUGUGCCACCUACAGCGGUUCAAAUGAGGGGGAGCUCCUUGCCUCUCGGCACCUUGCGUCUGAUCAGCCAGCGGCGCUCUGCUGGCAGCGGUUUUUCUCAUAGUGUCAUCAAUGAGAUUACCGACCCGUCUUUCCCAAGCCCCAACUCUGGUCCCAUAAAUUGUGGAAAGGCUUCCAGCAGUGACUAUGAACUUGAUCACUCUCCUCACAACCACACCGCUGCGUCCGCCAAUCGAUGCUCGGGCCUGCGAAGGUGGUAUACUUCGGAUGCAGCGGGCAGUUCAGGCCGGGGUCGGAGGCGCGACCCCUCUCCCGGUUUCCCUCAGAGGAGAGGGGGUUCUCUUGGGAGAGGCGCAAGUGGGGAAGCUGUCGACGUAGGCCAGGCAGCCAAGGGGCAAUUUGAGGAUCCAGAGAGCGAGAGGAAGGGGAAGCCCAUGGAGGGGAGCAGCAUUCUGCAGCAGAUUCUGGCCGCCAGCGCCAAGGAGAACGAGGAGGCUGCGAAGAGGGCCGAAGCCAGAAGCGGAGCGCAGGGGAGUGCGGAAGCGAGUGGCAGGAAUGGCGCCGGAGCCCGGCUCGGCCCUCGCCCGCCCAAUAACAACAUGCAAGACCUGAUGCGCAUGUUUCAGCCCAAGAACGGCCCCUUCUCUAGUGACACCCCAGACCCGGAUGGCCGCCUCUUCCGCCCCCGUCGUUCCCCAGAGCCCCCCACCUCUAGUUCCUCGUCCGGUCCCCCAAUGCUUCGAGACGAGAUUGACAGCAUUCCUCCCGCACAAAGGGAGGUCAUCACGAUAGGGUACGGUGAGCGUGCGGCGAUGCAGAAGGAGGACCGUGUGAUCUACCGGGGGGGUACUCCGGCUGGGGCUGGGAGGGGGGGCGCGAGGGGCGGGGACAACCGACGGCGGCCCCUGACGCUGAGCGAGAUCUUUUCGAGGAGUAAGACGGAGGGGGAGGAAAAAGCGGAGCCAAGCGUGAAGGUGCAGUACAAGAGGAAUGUUUCGCAGGGGAGGGGCAGGUCGGCCGCGAGUUCUGAAUUCCAACAACGCGUGCUGGGUCUGCCGCCUGACGAGGAUUCUGAGCCGACGGAGGAAAGGAGGGGGCAGCGGCGCGCCGAGCGCCCCUCUCUCGGGGAAUCGAGGACGAGCAAUCGGCGGCAGCGGGCUGAUGAUGAAGAAGACGAGCGUCCACCGCUGUACGGCGAGUUUGCAAUUUCCAACAAGAUGCCGCAGGACAAGCCCCGGAAAGAGAACAAGCCGAACCGGUCAGCAGAGGAGCGCGCUCAGUACGAGGCGCGCGAAGCGGAGCGAGAGGAGAAGGAACUGGAAGAAACGGCGAAAGAGACGGAGCUGGAGAUCGAGAACUCGGAGUGGUACGAGAUCAUGAAGCAGGGCUGGGAGCCGCAGCCGGACGAACUAGGCGUGCCGCAAACGCCGGAGGUGGCGCUGCGGGACCACCUUGCGAUGACCCUGGAACCCGAGUAUCACAUGGAGUCGUUCGGCGUCCUUCCUGACCUGGACGACACCCCUCAAUCGCCGCUGGAGGACGCGCUGACCGCCUGCAAGCAGGAGCUGAUGGAAAUGAGUGGGAUUGAAGAUGAGGACACGUGGCAGGCGAUGCUGAAGCGAACAUUGGACCGGACGUCCGAACUAGAAGCGGUGGUAAAGCGGUAUAACAAGAGCGCGCAUGUCUCGGCGGCACAGCAGCACCGGAUUUUAGGCGACAUCAUUGGGGAGAUGCCCGAGCGAGGGUCGCCCUCCAGAACGCCCGAGAUGGUUGCGCACGUCACGCGGGCGCUGCAGACGCUCGAGCAUAACUGCCGAUGGCCCCUCGAUCGCAAGAAGGCCGUUAUGACAUCGCUCAUUGCACAGCUAGGGAAGUACGACGGGUCCAAUAAGCAGUCCAAGCUGAUGCAGUCAGUAUUCGGUUGAUCAGAAACGCACUCGGCUAGCUUUGCUCGCGUAUUGGCGAGAGGUAAUCUCUUGGAACGAUUGGAUGACACAAUGAUGGUGCAUUUGCAGAUUCCAAUGGGCUCCGAAAGCAUGCCACGUCAUCCUUCCCUUCCUACCUCACAACAACCUUAUCAAAAGCCCAGCCGCAACUCUAGCACGUCGGAUGGUAGUACUUGCCCAUUCGUCGGAGCAAAAAGUCACAUGGCGCUGAAAUCAUGUUGGCAUCUUUCUGUCAGCUUCCCC